AACAGUCAUGAACACUGCGCAGUCAGCUGUGCUCGGAAUCGGUUCGUUUUUUUACGGUUGCAGAAAGAAAGAAAUAAAAUAAUUUUCUUUUUUUUUUAAUUAUUCCAAUUGCAAAAAAAAAAAGAAAAAAACCAAAUACAAUUUUCUUCUAGUUUGAUGUGUAUGUGCGACUGGACAUUGAAUAUUCUAUUAUUCCCAUUCUAUCCCGUUGUUUUUUGUUCAUUGAUCGAGCUUUGUGUUGUUUCAUCGUCAUAUUAAAAGAAAAAAAGUAAAUUUAUCGUCAACCUGAUUUGUGAGCUAUAUACAUAUUUUCGUUUUUGCCCAUUUCGUGAUUAUUCCGGUCUGCUUGUGUUUUAUUUUAUUGCAAAAAAAUAAAAUAAAUAAAUGAAUCAAAUUUGCAACAAGCAAAGAGAAAAAAAGAAAUAAGAAGCCAACAAAAACAAAAAACAAAAAAAAAAAUCAAUCAAAAGUUCAUAUAAUUUGUUAUUUUACUGUUAUCUUUCGAGUAAAACAAAUAAAAUUUGUUAUAAAUCUUUUGAUAAUCUUUUCAUUUACAUUUUUUUUUGUUGGGUAUUAAUUAUUUCCAGACGAAUGAAGACGAAAAAGUGCGAGAAAUAGAGAAAAGAAAAUUCGAGUUUUUCUCAAUUUCGAAUUUCCUGACGUGAGAGAUAGAGUGAAUUGUAUUUUAUUUUUGUUGUAUGUAUUUUUCUUAACCUGUAAAUUGUGCAAAAGUACAAAAAUUAAUUAAUCCCUUGACAGAAUGGGGUUUGUGUGAAAUAGAAAAAAAAAAGUAAUAGAAUUUCUCUGCUCUUUGUUUUCCCCGCGGGAAAGAAAAAGAAAAAAGUGAUCCCAAUUUGAAAAUAAGACCAUCUUGUUUUUUUUUUUUUACAUAACAGUUGUUUUUGUUGGUAUUAUUACGUUAUUUUCUGUCAUCUGUCAUUAUUUUUUUUACAAGUGUCACACAUCAUUUGUCGAAUCGAUGCUGGUCGAAGAACGCCAUAUUUAUAGAGCAGCCGGUGGUAUUUUUUGUUUUGUUUUCUCUCCUUCCACCACACACAAAUAACAGUGUUAAAAUAUAAAAAUUGGAUUAUACAAACAGGUGACACAGCUCAUUAAAAAGGAAGACAAAAUUUGUGUUUGUUUGUUUUGUUGUUGUUUUACUCCUAUUCCUGUUGUUUUUUUUUUAACGUGUAAAAAUUUCUAAAAACGGCGUCCGAAACGGAAGAAGAUACUCCAUCACCCACGGAGGCGGAGGAGGAAGAGGAGGACGACGAGGAGUUUGGCGGCGACGGUGUUGAAGAAGUCGAAAACACCAAAGGUGAAGAAUUAGAUGCAUCAUCUUUAUCAUCCUCAUUCAACAACAAAAAAACAACAACUCGAAUACCAUUGUUAAAGAAUAUUACCGCCAUUGCUAAUGCAGCAGCAUCAGCUGAAGAUUCAGGCGGGAAGAGCAGCAGUCAAUCAGCAGAGGCCGCCUCCAUCAUCAACAACCAUAACAACAUCAUUCAAAUACCCUUGUCGCCAUCACUUUCGUCAGCUGGUUCAACGGGAACUGUUGGAUCAUCAUCACAGGGCUGCUGUCUAGCCGGUGGUUCAUCGUCGUCGACAGUUUCGAAUUUUGAAAAGAAGAUGUCUUCAGACGGCGGCGACGAUAAGGAUACAUCCGUGCGAGUUGCCGUUAGAAUUCGACCGCAAAUUCCACGUGAAGUAAUCGACUUAUGCCGAGUUUGUACAACAGUCACUCCAGGAGAACCCCAUGUUGUCUUGGGUACAGACAAAGCUUUUACAUUUGACUAUGUCUUUGACAUAAAUUCACAACAAGCUGAAGUAUAUGCAAAUUGUGUAGAAAAACUAGUAGAUGGCGCUCUUAAAGGUUACAAUGCCACAGUAUUGGCCUAUGGCCAAACUGGUUCUGGCAAAACAUUUACCAUGGGCACUGGGUUCGAUCGUGAUCUCAUCGAACAACAAUUGGGAAUCAUCCCACGAGCAGUGCGUCACAUAUUCGAUGGUAUCGAAAGUAUGCAAGCUGGAGCUGUCGACGAAGAUGGUGUUUCCUUGGGCGGAGUACAAUUUAGUGUAGCUGCCCAAUUUAUGGAGCUGUACAAUGAAGAUAUAAUUGAUUUACUCGAUCCCUAUAACAAAGGUCGUGUAUUUAAAAUCCACGAAGAUGGCACUGGUGGUAUAACAGUAGCUGGAGCCACUAUCAAGCCAAUCGGUGGGCCACAAGAUGCUUUGAAAUGUUUACAGCAAGGUGCCUUAGCUCGAACUACAGCUUCGACACAAAUGAAUGAACAAUCUUCACGAUCCCAUGCUCUCUUUACGAUUCUCAUUCGUCGACAGAGGGUAAUGUCGGCUGAGGAGUGUGGUUUACCCGAGGGUGAUUUGGAAACCUUGACGUCAAAAUUUCAUUUUGUAGAUUUGGCCGGUUCGGAGAGAUUAAAACGAACCGGAGCAACUGGUGAACGUGCUCGUGAGGGUAUUUCUAUAAAUUGUGGCCUUUUAGCGCUAGGUAAUGUCAUCUCAGCUCUUGGAGAUAAGUCCAAAAAAGCCUCUCAUGUACCCUAUAGGGAUUCAAAGCUUACUAGACUUCUUCAAGAUUCCCUAGGAGGAAACAGUCAAACUCUCAUGAUUGCUUGUGUAUCUCCAAGUGACAGAGAUUUCAUGGAAACCUUGAAUACACUAAAGUAUGCCAAUAGGGCAAGAAACAUCAAGAACAAAGUUCAACUCAAUCAAGAUCAAAGUUCCAGAACUAUUUCUCAACUUAGAAGAGAAAUCGCAGCUUUACAAUUGGAACUUGUUGAAUAUAAACAGGGUAAACGAAGCAUCGAUGCCGAAGGUAAUUCAGCAAUCUCAGAUACGUUCCAUGAGAAUGCAAUGCUCAUGGCUGACAAUAAACGUCUCCAACAACGACUGAAAGCUAUGCAGGAGACUAUCAAUGCCCUGACAGAAAAGAACACCGAAUUAAUGGUGGAGAAGGCAACUAAUGGUUGGACUAAGUCCGAUGGCGAUAAGUCAGUGACUGAUAUGGUAGCUGGUUAUUUGGGUGAAAUCGAAAAACUACAAGCAAAAUUGAUUGAAUCCCAAGAAAUGUAUCAGCAACUGAAGAAAUCCACUGCCCUAAGUCCAAGGAACAAUUCAAAACUUAAUUCAACUUUUGAUAACCCAGAGACUCUAAUCAAUGUGGCCAAACGUGAGCUGGAGAAAAACCGAGAAAUGCUCAUGUCCCGAUCGCUGCCAGGGUUCAAUGAAGACGCCCAUAAUUCAAAUGUUGAAAAUAUCAACGAUUCGGAUAGUGAUAGUGACACUGAAUCUGAUGAUAAAGCUGGAGAAAUCCAAGCCGAACUGAAUGACAUUAGUUCCGACAUUGAACUGAAGUCAAAGCUGAUUGAGCAACUAGAAUUAUCCCAACAGAGAAUGCAACUUAUGCGGCAACACUAUGAAGAGAAGCUAAAUGUCCUUAACAAUAGAAUUCAGAACACACAAAAGGAACGAGAUCAAGUUUUGGCCAAUAUGGGUUCGAAUCAAUCCUCUCCUUCGAGUGAUAAAGUGAAGAAAGUUCGUGAUGAAUAUGAACGUAAAAUCAACGACAUGCAGCGAGAGUUGAAGAAGCUCCAAGCUGCCCAAAGAGAACACCUUCGUCAGCAGCGGGAGCUUCAAGCCCAGGAAGCUAAACUUAGAACUCUUCGAAAUGAACUUGCUGAACUGAAGAAUAUCAAGACCCGCUUGAUUCGUAAAAUGACCGAAGAGACAAAUCGCCACAAAGAAGAAGAAACUCGCAAAGCCCGCGAAAUCGCACAAUUGCGCAAAGAAUCGCGCAAACAACAAAACACAAUGAAAUCCCUGCAAGCACAAGUUCAAGCCAAAGAUCAAAUACUCAAGCGUAAAACUGAACAAGUUACAGCUUUGCGUCGCAGUCAAAAAGGCAUGCUGAGUCUCAAAGCCUCCGGCCGAGUGCCACCUAAAAAAGAUUCUUCAAUAUUUUCCGAGCGACAUGCUCGUCUAAAAUUAGAAAAAUUCCAUCGAAGUAUUAAUCGUGCCGCUCGCAACAAACAAGUUGUCGUACAGUUAGAAAAAGAACUCGAAAGACUCCUUCACGAACGUGAAACUCUUAGCAAAGACAUUGCAAAUGUUCGUAAUCGUCAACGGCAACAUAAAUCUGCCGAUUUGGCUAGUGAAGAAGAUUCACUUAAAGCAAAUUUGAAUUUUAUUCAAGAUAAUAUUACCCAUGUCCAACAGGCUAUUAUGGAAUUUGAAGAAGGUAAAGAUCCACCAAAUGAUUUGGCAUCACUUCAAAGUAUGAUUGAGAAUGUUAAGAGUGUGGAAGAGGCAAAGUAUUUGCUUAAAGAAUUAGCCAAUAAUGUUAUAGAUCAAACCUGCGAUACAGCUUUAACACAAGGUCGUUUGUUAGAGCAUGAGACUUUAUUGAAAGAAGUCCAACAAGAAAGUGGAAUACAACAACAACUUUUGCAACAUUUUCUCGCCCAAAAUCCGUCCGUACAAAUAACGGAUUUAUUUGAUACUUUGAAUUUAACUUCGGCCAAUAAUAUGAGUGGUUCGACAAAGUCAUUGAAUAGUAAUAGUACCUAUGACAUUCCAUUGGCUGAUUUUAGUAAUCCUAGUUUUUGGGAUGGUGUUAUACCAGGACCAAAUGGUGGUGGUGGUGCUGGACAAAAUAGAUCAUCUAGUCGAUCACCAUCACCAGCUCCAACUAUUGAUUUGACUGACAGGACAUCGAAGAUAAGAAGGCGAACAGCUCAACCACAGGAACUUCUCUUUGGUGAAAGUGAAGUUAGUCACAAUGGGGAUGAUCCGAUGACACAAUCAUUCACCCAACUAGAACCUGUUACACGCAGUUUUAUUCCAUUAGCUCGUGUUCCAAGUGCUCCAGGAUCAUUAAAACAAUCACUCAAUUCACCAUCGUUAACACGAAAGACUCUUGACAAUGGAGCGGCAGCUACAGCAAUUCCAGUUUCACCACGUGUUAGCCGAAGGACAUUUCCGACCAAAGGAUCACCAGGGUUAGAGGAAGAUGUAACACCGCCACCACAAUCGCCACCAGUUUACCGAAAGAUGAUAUCACGCGAGGAUAACAACGCAGGCGGUGAUGUUUUUGCUAGAUUGGGUGCUGGUACACAAGACCCAGCACCAGGAGGCAGUAUUCAAAAAGUAACCGGAAAGAUUCGCAUUGGAGCGCCACUUUAUUGUACCCACACCGUUUCCGGGCAUAAUAAUUCAGUUUUGUCGAUUAAAGUUGAUGAUGAUAUCCUUUAUACGGCUGCCGCAGAUAGGACUGUUAAAGUUUGGGAUUUAAAUCAAGAGACUGCUCAACAUUGUCUAUCAACUCAUCCCGGACCGGUGAUUGCUGUACAAAAUGACUAUCGUACCAGAUUGUUGUUUUCAGCUUCAGGGCCAUUUGUAAGGGUGUGGGAUUUGAGAACAAGCAAUUCGAGACCAAUUAAGACUUUAAGUUCUUCGGGACAAAUUUUACCUGGCAAUGCUAAUAUAACUGGCACUAUACCUGGCGAAUCUCCAAUUACUGCACUAUGUUUGGGUGCAUCGGGUAAUCUUUAUGUUGCAGCAUCGGAUAAAGUUCGAAUUUGGGAUCUUAAAAGUUUAAAUUGCCUUGGAAAACUAUCAGGUGGCCAUCAAGCUGCUGUUAUGUGUGUAACAGCUUGGGAGGGUCCAGGUGGAAGUACAGAUUUUGUUGCGACUGGUUCGAAAGAUCACUAUGUUAAAGUAUUCGAAGUUCCGACAGCAGGUGGUGUUGUCUAUCCCUUGCUGAAUCUCGAGCCACCACACUAUGAUGGUGUUCAGGCAUUGGCUGUUGCUCAAGAUGCUUUAGGAGCUGAUGCUGAAUUGUUUUCAGGGAGUAGAGACUCCGGUAUUAAGCGGUGGGACCUUAAAAGCGGAGAACUCAAGCAGUCCCUCAACAACGCCCACAAAGGAUGGGUUUCCGGAAUGGCUAUUUCCGGUGAUGUGUUGCUUUCUAGUUGUCGUGGUGGCAUUAUACGUUUAUGGAAUGUCAAAACCUGUGAAAGUUUAGCUGAAUUGAAGACUGAUUUAAUGAUCAAUGACAUUGUUGCAUCUGGUCAGCGUGUUUUCACUGCAUCAAGUGAUGGCAAAGUGCGGAUGUGGCGAUUCACCAACGCCCUCAAGCGGCAAUGCUCACUCGAUAGUAGCUGACAAACGGCCGAUUUGCGGCGAACAAACUCGACGAAUGACGCUGAAUUUAGUGGAGGUAGCCCCAAGUUACGAAGCUCCCUAAAACGAUUGUCAUCGUCAACUCUGGGUCUAGCUGGACCAUCGUCAUCAUCAUCACCAACAUCGUCGUAUACUACAAACAGCAGUACCUUUUUGGAUCUGGCAAAGAGAAGACUUCGCAGCGCAACAAAUAGCCCUGUUCGUGUGGGACCUGGCACAUUUCUACCCAAUUUGACAAAAGCCAAUACUCGAACCCCAGCCCCAAGUGGACGUAAUUCACCAUCACAAUCGCCAUCGGCAAUUGUUAGUUUUGUUCGAAAAAACGCUCGUAGUCGUUCGGAUUUAUCACACGCACCAUUACGUUUGCGCGGAAGUCUUCCAAAUCGAGUUAAUUCGCCAGUAUCGUCUUAUCGAUCGCCUCGUCCAGCUCACAAUAUGCUAUCAACUUCAUCAAAUAAUUUGCUGACAUUUGGCAAUAGAUUAUGAUUCAUUUAUGUGUGUAUAUUGUUUUAUUUUGUUUAUGGUAUGGUCUUGUUGCGUCUAAGUUAAGUUUUAUUUUAGUUUGUUUGUAAUCAUCAUAUCAUUCCAUUUAUUAACAAUUCACAAAUUAUUUUUAAGACACUCAUAUAAAUUUUAUAUAACUAAACAAUGAACAAACAUAACAAUAAGCUUUUAAAAAUUUUUUAUAAGCACAUGUAACUUAUUAUUAAGCUUUGUCUAGAAUAAUAAGAAAUUUAAUAAUUUUUAAUAUUUAAUAAGUUUUUUUUGUAAGCACAUCUCAAAUCAUAUUUUGUGGAAUAUUUUUGAGUUACAAAUGAAUGAAUUGUUGAAAAUAUGAUUGAAAAUUUUGUAAGCAG